CCCCUCUCCCCGUCCCGGGUGUCCGCUCUGCGCAUGCGCGCCGCGGCCCCUGCUCGGGCCUCGGGGAGCCCCCGUAGCCGGGCGCCAUUUUCGCGAGCCCAGCCCGGGCCCCGCUUCCACUGACAACUCCUGCACUGAUCUCACCCUCAGCUCCGCCUCAGCUCCUCCUCCUCCUCAUCAUCUCCCCACCACCUCGUCUCCACUUCUCCUCCACCUGCUCCUGCUCGUCACCAACCUCGUCAGUUGCUCCUCAUUGCAAAGCGAGCGGGCACUUGCACGAGAGGGAGAAGAAGAGAGUGCAGAGACCGUGAGGGGUCGGGAAGCUCCGCCGCCGUUUCUUCCUCUGCUGCCACACCGCUUCAAUUGCUGCUGUUCGUCUUCGUCAACGCGUCGUCAACCUCUCCUCGUCGUCCGCCUCAUCCUCGUCCUCUAGGUUGGUGCAUGUAGGCGUCUGCAAUGAGAACUGUGGCUGGCUUGCCUCAGUGUUGCAGACACAAAUGCAUCCAGCCCACUGAUCGGAGACUCUUGCACUGGCACACGUCAUGAGCAUAGUAAUUGCAGGAGGGCUUACCGCAGAUGCCUCCGCAAGCACUACCAUGGCGGCUGGAUCAGAGCCGGAGUCGGUAGAAGCAAGCCCCGUGGUGGAGAAGAGCAGCAGCUACCCGCAUCAGUCGCACACCACCACCACCACCACGUCCCACCACACGUACCUGGGCCUGCCCUACGCCGACCACAACUAUGGCGCUCCGCCUCCACCAACGCCGCCGGCCUCCCCGCCACCUAGCGCCGGCACUCACCGGGGAGAAGUCAACGGCUUUACGGCCGCCCUGGAUGACACCUCCAAUGCCACUACCAUCAGCGUGUCGGAGGACGGCAGCUACGGCGUUGACGUGACGCGCUGCGUGUGCGGUUUCACGCACGAUGACGGAUACAUGAUCUGCUGCGACAAGUGCAGCGUGUGGCAGCACAUCGACUGCAUGGGGAUCGAUCGGCAGAGGAUACCCGACACCUACCUGUGCGAGUUCUGCGAGCCCAGGAGCGUGGACCAGGAGAGGGCCUUCCAGCUGCAGAGCCGGCGCCGCGGUAACAUCUCUGGUGCAGCCGUCUCCAAUGAACCGUGCCUGUCGGUCCCUGUCAAGUCGUGCCCUUGGCAGAUUUCUCACACAGACGGCGACACGAGCGCGACGGAGAGCGGGGACGAGGGCCUCGCCUGCCUCGCCGUGUCCUACACCGCUGUGCAGCAGACUCCCACCAGCCUCACGCUCACCGCCAACCGCCUGCACCACCCGGCCGCCAAGUCGUCUUCGGCCAAGGAGAAGAAGCGCAAGAAGAGCAUCGAGAACAAGAAGACGUUCCGAGAGGGUGCGAGGAGAUCAUCCCGACUAAAGAACUCGGGACCGGACCCGUCUGCGGGCGAUGAUGGGUGGUCUUGCGCUUGGGAGAGUCGCUUGGAGCUGUGGGCCGAGCAGUACGAGGAAGCGCACAGCAACCACUACAGCACAGACCUACAGGGCCUCCUCGAGUCGCACGGGCGGGGUGUGGAAGGCGCCGGCGCGGACGGCGCGCACGGCCCCGCGCCGACCGCCCAGCCUCCCGGCGGCGCCCAGACGCCGGGCCAUCCGGUCGACGGCAACAACGGCAACAGCAGCAGCAGCACCGUCGGCAGCAACAUCAACGUGUCCAUCGGGCAGGCACAGGUGGCACCGGGCCGACCCAGCCAAGGCCUCCGCAGCACCAAGGCCCUGAAGGCAGCGCGCGACCUCCCCGCCCACACGCUGCUCAUCGAGUACCGCGGCAUGGUGAUGCUGCAGCAGCAGUUUGAAGCCAACGGCCUCUUCUUUAAAAGGCCAUACCCGUUCGUGCUCUUCUACUCCAAGUUCCUGGGCGUGGAUAUGUGCGUGGAUUCGCGCACCUUCGGCAACGAGGCUCGCUUCGUGCGGCGCUCCUGCUCCCCCAAUGCGGAGGUGAGGCAUGCGAUCGAGGCUGGACUCUUCCACCUCUACAUCUACUCCCUGGCCGACAUCUCCAAGGGGGCUGAGAUCACCAUCGGCUUCGACUUCGACUACAGCGGCUGCCACUACACCGUGAACUGCGCGUGCCUGCGGGAGGGGCUCGCCUGUCCCGUCGAGCGGCACAACCGCGAGAUGGUGGCGGAAGGCGGUGAGCUGUUGCCGGGCUCGGGCUGCGGCGGCACCGCCGUCUCCGGCGCAGAAGCGCGGCGCAAGCGGCCCAAGGCGCGCGACAGAGACAGCAGCGACGUGCCCAACGCCGACUCGGACAUCGAGGGCUCCAAGGACCCUGCCGCCUUCGACGGCAAAAACCGGAGGCUGUCGCCGCUACGCAUCUCCACGUCCAGCGCGCAGGAGUCAGAUAGAUAUGAGGAUUUAGAAGACAAACCUGCCAUUGUUAGCAGUGAAAUAGAGAUGGAGUCUGAGGAGCUCAUUGCAGAGAGGAGGAGGAAGAUGACCCGCGAGGAGCGCAAGAUGGAGGCCAUCAUGCAGGUGAUCGCCAAGAUGGAGAGGCGGGAGAAGCGGAGGGAGCAGGCGCUCGAGAGGAUCAGCUGCAGCGGCGCCACCGGCAAAGCGGCGUCCGUGGACUCCAAGGGCACGGACAGCAAGGACGCCACCCCCGACACCGCGGACCCACCCACCCUCACGCUCUCCUCACCCACGCAGGACGUGGUGGUGGUGAAGGAGGAGGGCGCGGUGGCGGGAGGCGCUCCCAGGCCGGCGACGGUGACGGCGGCCAAAGUGAACCGCGCAAAGCCACGGCGCAGUUUCUCACGCAACCGCACGCACAUCGGGCAGCAGCGGCGGCGCAACCGCACCACGAGCGGCUGCUCGGACCACCCCCCGCCCUCGCCGGACGUUGGGAGCGGCGGCGGCGUCGAGAGCUCCCCGCUGGUGUCCCCUAGCGAGCUGCUCCCCCAAGGCCUGUCCCCCGUCGCCGCCGCCGCCGCUUCCACCGCCGCCACCGUCGUCGCCGCCGCCGCCGGCGCGGACAAGGCGAGCGUGGGAGAGGAUCUGGGAUCGGCCCCGUCGCCGGCGCCGCCCGGCUGCACCAAAGCCAACGCUCGAUACCCGAAAACCAAGAAGCACUUAGUGAGCGAAUGGCUGAGCGAGAAGCCGGUGGCGGUGGACGGCGCAGGCAGCGAUGGCGGCGGCGGCCACGGGGGCGUUGGCGAGAGCCCCUACGACGUGCCGCUGCGCAUCACCACGGACCCCACGGUGCUGGCCACCACCCUCAACUCCCUGCCGGGCCUCACGCACAGCCCGCAGCUCUACGCCACACCCAAGCACUACGUGCGCUUCGGUUCUCCGUUCUCCGCCACGGCUACGCCGCGCCGCAAGAGGCCCAGCCUGGACAGCAACUUCGGCUCCUGCAAGAAGCGGUGGCUGAAGCAAGCGAUGGACGAGACGGCGGCGGGCUCGGACUGCGCGUCCCCCGCGGCGGCGCGGGACAGCCCGGCCCACGACGGCGGCGGCGACGUGACCCCAACGGGCAGCGUAUCCCCCACGGAGAGCGCCUCCUCGCUCACGGGUAACGACGCGUUCGUUCUCGCGCGCCGGCGUCCGUUCCCCGGCGGAGGCGCCCGCCUCCUGGACGACGGCUUGAGCCCGCGCGAUUGUCGCGCAGAGCUCGUCACGCCGCUCAAGAAGAGGCGGCUGCGCGACGCCUCGGAGGCCAGCGUCGGGGAACCGGCCGCGCCGGGGGACGUGGCGGCGCUGCCGCUGGGAUCGGCCGACACCGCCGCGGGCCCCGCCGUGCCGCCCGCGGGCGAGCCCUCGGAGGCGACGACGCCGCCGCCGCCUUCGCUCGUCGCCACGAUCCCCGGCGAGGCGGCGACCCCGAGCGCCGUCCUUCCGGCCACGCCGCCGAGGGGCCCGCCCGGGGUCGCGUCCGCCCCCGUCACGCCCACGACGGCGAGCGCAGCGCCGGCCUUCCUGACGACGCCCCCGUGCGCCAAGGCCUCUGCCGGUCCCGCGUUCCCGGUGCCGCGAGUCGAAGGGGCGGCGGUAGAAGACGAGCCGGGCGUUCCCGCCGGGGAGGAGGUGCUCAGGAAUGGCUAUGGACUCGUGUGCUCGCCCGUGACGCCCGUCACGCCCAACGCUUGCGCUCCCCUCUCCGCCAGCGUCCAGUACGAGAACAUCUCUUCUCCUGAAAGCUCCCCCGAAGCCAAGCGAUCCAUCUUCUGCGGCUCUGAGGAGCCGGGCUGCGCCGCCCCGGCAACGCCGGCCCCUGACCCGGAGGCGACUUCGGAACCGGGCGCGAGGAAGGGGCUGCAGAGGGAUGACGCGGAAGAGCAGGAGCGUCCGGAUUCCAUCUCCGCCACGGAUGCCCUCCCUCCGGAGAACUUGUCGUCUUCUCCCACGGAGUGGCGCUGCUCGCACGCCGGCACCCCGCCCAGCCCGGCGCCGCUCGGCGACGCCGUCCCGGGCGCCGACUCGGAGGGCCCGGGCGCGUCGGCGGGGUACCUGACGCCCGUUAAGGGCGCGGAGCUGCUGGCGCCCUUCAGCUUCUCGCCACUCAACUCGAACCUGCGCGACCUGACGCCCUCGCACCAGCUGGGCGGCGGGUUCCGUGCGGCGGCGACGGUGGGCGGCGCCGAAGCGGAGAUGGCGUUUGCCGGAUGCCCCGGCGCCGCCCCCCUGCUGGGCCUGCAGGAGCUGGAGGGCGCGUGCUCACUGGGCGAGGGCGCCGGCGUGGACUGUGGCGCCGACCUGGCGCACGAGCUCGAGCUGCAGAUGGAAGCGGCGGCGUACGGCCUGUCCCCGCACAACCCUCCGCAGAAGAAGAAGGUGUCCCUGCUGGAGUACCGCAAACGGCAGCGCGAGGCCAAGGAGAGCACGAGGCCCGAGGGCCCCGGCGGCGGGCCCGGCGACUCCCCCUUGCCGUCGGAACGCGGCGCGGCGGCCAGGGAGCCCGCGCGGCUCCCGUCGGCGCCGCCGGCCCCCACCGCGGCCCACGAGACCUACGAGCCCAUCAGCCCCGCCGAGCCCCCGGGCACGUCCGAGCCGCCUCUUCUCCUACCGUCCGCCAGCCACGACGCGCCGGUGGCGCCGCCCACCAAGUCUCACGAGAAGGAGGACGUCCGGUGGAUGUCCCCGACGUCCGUGGAGAGAGCUCGGGAGGCGGCCGCCUCCUACCACAAGGCUCUCAAGCGAGACCACGGCGCCAGCCCCCGGCCCGACACCGCCUCCGCCGGCGGCUCCUCUCCGGCUCCUUCACCUGGCCCGGCUCCACAGGGGGGGGGAGCCGGUGGGGGGCCCCCUCCGGCGCAGGCCCCCACCACCAACACCACCCCCCGGCGCCUGCGGCUGUCCAACCCUCGCCUCCGUCUCAAGAUCCCGUCUCCCUCUGCCUUCCUGGAGAACAAGCACCCGGAGGGGCCGGCCACAACACGCCACGAUUGGGAGGGAAGUGAGGAGAGCGCCGUGGAGGGAGCCGGGUCUCCACGGCACAGCCCCAUGCCUGCCGCCCACAGCCCCCACCGCCUUCCACCGGGCCCCCCGGCAUCGCAGCCGCACGGAGCCCCCCGGGCGCCAUCUCCGCACGAUUCCACGACCAGGGCGCCGUCCUCCCCUGGGACGCCGCUCACGCCCACGCAGGCGCCGGCGCUCGCGCCGCUGAAGACGGCCGCCCCCACCAUCGCGCCGGCAACCCACAAGCAGCCGGCGGCGCAGGCCACUAAGUCCAGGCCGUCGACGGCAACGGUGGGGCACCCGUCACCCGGCCUCCCCGGCGCCGCGCUGCCCCCGGUGUCGCCACUCCGGAUGCCGGCUCAACAGCAGCAGCAGCAGGCCGGCUCGUCGCCCCUCAGGUCGGUGCAAGCGGGGAAGCAGAGCUCCGCCGGGGCGCAACUGCACGGCACCCUGCAUCAGUCUCCGGCGAGGCAGAAGUCCCUGCCGUCGUCUCCGCUCCGGGCGACGCUCGUCGUGCUGGCGCAGAGCAAGCCGGCCGCCGCGGGGCCGCCGGCCACGCACGCCCAGGCCCCCGCGACGCCGCAGAAGCAGCAGCCGGCCUCGUUCAACCCCCCGCCUCCGCCGCACGCGCCGCCCGCCCAGCAAACGGCGCCCGUCGGCUGCCCCAUCCCCACGCACCACGGCCAGCAGCCGCACGCCAAGUACCACGGCUACGCACGCGCCCAGCAGGCGCAGGCAGCCGGGGCGGCGACGCUACCCCGUCUCGCGCCGUCCUUCGGCCAGCUGACGGCGGCGCCGGGGGCCGCCGCGUACCAGCCGGCGAGCAGCUUGCUAACCGCGUCGGUGGCGCAUCACGCGCAGGCAGCUCCUCUCUCCGUCGCGGCGGCGGCCGCUGCCGCGCAGACUCUUCCGCCACCGGCGCCCGCGCAACCGACGCAGGCCGUGGCGCCGUCGUACCUGCAGCCCGUGGCAGGCGGCACGUACGUGCAGCAGCCCACGAUCUACAUGGCGGCGCCGCCGCAGCAGGCCGUGCACUACCAGCCCGCGCAGCCGCAGGCGUCGCCGGCCGUCGGCUCCUACCAGUCGCUGGCGUCCUCGCCGGCGUACCAGCCGGCGACCGGCGCGCACUACCAGAUGUACCCCACGCACCCGCCCCCGCCUCCGCCCUUCCCUCAGCCCCACCCGUCCUCGCCAUACCACCAACCGGCGCCCACGCCGGCCGUCGCGAUGGCGUACCACCAGCCGCCGGCACCGUCCGCGGCGGGUACCGCUUACCACGCGCCGCCGCCGCCGCCCCCUCCCCCGCAGGUACCGGCCCCGCCCCAGGCGGCGCAGGCGGCGCCCAGAACUCAGCCGACGGCCGCUUACCAGCAGAGCGCCCCGGCGACCAGCGCCUUCCACGGCCCCUCGUCCUACUACCAGCAGCACUGAGCGUGGACGGCGCCGCUCGCGUGUCCGGCGCCGUCCAGGCCACACCGCACGCACUUGUAAAAAUGUACAGCGUCGUUAAACAUUCCAGCGUGCCCGACUGUACAAGCAACAGCAGCAGCAGCAAUCAGCACUCUCUCGUUUUGAUACGUCUUUCUGUUUGAAUGUUCGUCCCCGUUUUU